AUGUCCGACGAUGAAAUGGGUCAAAUGGGAGGGGAUGAUGUCGGUGAAGAUUAUUUCGAAGAUCCAGACAUGUUAAACUACGAAGAAGACGCCGAACCAGACGAAGAAGCAGAAGGCAACGAAGUGGACCCGGAUAAUAUCAUAGAAUCCAAUCCACCAGAAGGAGAAAUGAGACAACGUACUGGAAAAGCUGCAAAGCCCAACGAGACAAGAGUGACAACACCAUAUAUGACGAAAUAUGAGCGAGCUAGGGUGUUGGGUACGAGGGCUUUGCAGAUCAGUAUGAACGCCCCUGUACUCGUACCUGUCGAAGGGGAGACAGAUCCGUUGGAAAUAGCUUUGAAAGAAUUGGCUCAAAAGAAAAUUCCUCUAGUCAUCAGACGUUAUCUUCCAGAUAACUCGUUCGAAGAUUGGAAAGUGGAAGAACUUAUCGUACAAGAAUAA